AGAAAGUUGAGGAAGAAAGAGUGGGUGGGAUUUCAUACAGACAGCAUCAGCAUAGCUUGUCUGUAUCUCAUAUAACCAUGCUCGAAAACAAACGAUAAAUAGAUACCGUAGUAAACCAACGAAUGCGCAUUCGGGGGUAUAAUGGCUUUUGUGACGGCAAACUGGAACCCGCUGGGGGAAGCGUUUUACAGGAAGAUCGAGCUGUAUGAGAUGGGAUGGAACCUCCGAGAAGGGCUGAAGGACUGCCUCAUUGCAGCCGCCCCGUACGGGGGCCCUAUAGCCCUGCUGAAGGAGAGUCAGAGACGGGAGCGCUCUGCCAGUGCCAGGCCCCUGCUUGAGAUCUACUCAGCUGCUGGAGUGCCCAUGGCCAGCUUCCCGUGGAAGAGUGGUGUGGUGGUGCACAUUGGCUGGACAGUCAGUGAUGACCUGCUGUGCAUUCAGGAGGACGGCACCGUGCUGAUCUACGACAUGUUCGGCAACUUCCGCCGGCACUUCAGCAUGGGCAAUGAAGUGUUGCAGAAUCAAGUGAUUGAAGCCAAGGUGUACCACUCUGCCUAUGGAACUGGGGUUGCCAUAGUGACCGGAGAGUUCCGAUUCACCCUGGCUACCAACAUUGAUGACCUAAAACUGCGCCGCCUGCCAGAGGUCCCAGGUCUGCAGGUGGCGCCGUCGUGCUGGGCUGUGCUGACGCAGGACAGACAAACCAAGGUAGUGCUGGCCAGCGGGAAAGACCUGUACGUGCUGGACAACACAGCAUGCACUCCUGUGACCCCCCCAGGGAUAGACCCCCAGGUUAGCAGCUACUUUCAGAUGGCAGCGUCCUUCAACUACAAGUACCUGGCACUGUUCACAGACACCGGGCAUGUGUGGAUGGGCACCUCCAACCUCAAGGAGAAGCUCAGUGAAUUUGACACCAAAAUCCACAGCCCUCCGAAGCAGAUGGUGUGGUGUCGCAGACCCAAGAGCCAGCAGCCCUCCGUGGUUCUGAUGUGGGACAGACUGCUCUUGGUGGCUGGGAAGUGCCGAGAGAGCAUCAAGUACCACCUGGAUGAGGAAUCGUUCCUGGUCCCAGAGCUGGACGGGGUUCGAAUCGUGAGCCGCAGCUUUCAUGAGUUCCUGCAUGAGGUGCCAGGUGCCUGUGAGGAGAUCUUCAAGAUCGCUUCGAUGGCUCCGGGGGCUCUGCUGCUGGAGGCACACAAAGAGUACCAGAAGGAGAGUCAGAAGGCAGACGAGUACCUGCGGGAAAUCAAAGAGCAGAACCUCCUUCCUGAGGCAGUGAGGCAGUGUGUGGAGGCAGCCGGCUUUGAGCACGAGCCCGAGACACAGAAAAUCCUGCUCAGGGCCUCAUCCUUUGGGAAGUGCUUUCUCAGUAACUUCCCCCCCGAGCAGUUUGUGGGGAUGUGUCUGGACCUGCGAGUCCUCAAUGCGGUGCGUGACUACAGUGUGGGGAUCCCGCUCACCUACGCACAAUACAAACAGAUGACUUUGCAGGUGCUGAUUGACAGACUGGUGUUCCGCCGGCUCUACCCGCUCGCCAUCGAGAUCUGCCGCUACCUAAAGAUCCCUGAGUUUCAGGGGGUGAGCAGGGUGCUGAAACACUGGGCCUGCUUCAAGGUACAGCAGAAGGAGGAGCCUGAUGAUGUCAUAGCUUGCGCCAUCAACCAGAAGCUGGGCGACAUGGCAAGCAUCUCGUACUCAGAGAUCGCAGCGAGGGCAUACGAGUGUGGCAGGACUGAGCUGGCUAUCAAGCUCUUGGAGUUUGAACCCCGGUCAGGAGAGCAGGUGCCUCUGCUGCUGAAGAUGAAGAGAAGCCAGCUGGCCCUGAGCAAAGCCAUCGAGAGCGGGGACACUGACCUGGUGUACAUGGUGGUGACCUACCUGAAGAAUGAGAUGAACCGAGGGGAUUUCUUCAUGACUCUGCGGAACCAGCCAGUCGCGCUCAGCCUCUACAGACAGUUCUGUAAGCACCAGGAGCAGAACACGCUGAAGGACCUCUUCAACCAGGACGAUGAUCACCAGGAACUGGGCAACUUCUACGUGCGAGCCAGCUACAGGGAGGGGAGUGUCGAGGCUCGGAUGGUAGCGCUGCAGAACGCCGUGGACGAGUUUAACAAAGCCAAGAACGAGUUCUCUGCCAAGGCUACGGAGGAGCAAAUGAAACUUCUGCGGUGGCAGCAUCGCUUCCAGGAGGAGUUUGACAAGCCCUACCUGGACCGCUCCCUCCACGAGACUGUGUGCUCACUGCUGGUGGACGGCAAGCACAAGCAGGCAGAACAGCUGUACAAGGACUUCCGCAUCCCGGACAAGAGGUUCUGGUGGUUGAAGAUCUCUGCUCUGGCCGAGACGCAGGACUGGGAGGAGCUGGAGAAGUUCUCCAAGAGUAAGAAGUCUCCGAUCGGGUACCUGCCUUUUGUAGAGAUCUGUGUAAAGCACCACAACAAGUACGAAGCGAAGAAAUAUGUGUCCAAAGUGACCCUGGAUCAGAAAGUGAAGGCUCAUCUAGCGGUGGGGGAUCUGGAGCAGGCAGUGGAGGCUGCGAUUGACAGGAGGAGUGAGAGCGAACUGAACCUGGUCCUGUCACGCUGCACCCCCACCACCGACCGGGCCCUGCUGGACAAAAUCAACCGGGCACGGGCCGGAGCACUCAAGAAAUAACCAGCCAGGAGCCACAGGAUCGGGGUUCAAAACACACACUUUGUAUCCCUUGAAGGUUGGGGUUGUUACUGGAGCAAAGACAUACUGUUAAUGAGAUGCCAUGUCUUGGCUUGGCGUGUCUUACUUAUUAACCUUUCUUUGUAAAAUAUUUCCAAUAUUAAAUGUGUUUAACUCCUC